UACCGUUGUUGUUGUGGCAGUGUGGAAGGCCUAUAAAGUCAAGCCGCUCGUGCCCCCUUCCCUUUACUCCGCUCGCCGCGUGUUCGCGCUCUCUCCCGUCGUCGCCUCCAGUCGGUUUGGCUCAGAGCCGCACUUCCACCUGCGAAGAAGUGUGUUUUUUCGCCGCAGCUGCGCACAGAAGAAAGCUCACGCGUGUGCACGAGGAGGGGGAAGAAGGAGACGACGAGGAACCGGGGGAGAGGAGGUCAGGGAGGAGUCACCGCAGUCGUAACCUCAGCCCGCGCAUAAAAGCCAGAGACGCUCCCACAAGCGUACAUUCUCCUCUGAGAAGUGACACGAGGCUUCUUUUACGAUCUGCGAAUCCGUUCAGCGACAUGGAACGCCGACGUUCGCUCAAGUCCAAGGAUCUCCUGAUCCCCGUGUGUUACGGUUACCUACACGCCAAGGACUGGGGACCCCCCGACGGCGUCCCGGUGAUCGCCGUUCACGACUGGCUCGACAACUGUGCCUCCUUCGAGAACCUGGUGCCUCUGCUGGACCCGUCGCUCCGGGUCGUAGCCGUGGAUCUCGUGGGACACGGCGCGUCGUCCAAUCUACCGAGAGGCUUCCAGUACAGCCACCAGCAGUUCGUCGAGGACAUGGAUUGCGUGUUGGACUUUCUCGGGUGGAGUUCCUGCGCCGUCGUGGCCCACGGUCUGGGAGCCACCAUGGCCCUCUACUACGCUGGACUUCGACCCGACGUCUGCAAAUGUGUGGUGUCUUUGAGCAUUUCGGACACUGUGAACACAAACCCGGGACACAUGAUCCCCUCGCUAAUGCAGUACAUCCAGGACUCUGGCAACCUGGAGUAUCACAAGGACGGAACGGAAGCACUCGAGACCGCCGUCAGGGACCUGGUCGAAGUCACCGGAGGAUCUCUGGACGAGGACUCUGCGCGAACCCUCCUCAAAGCCGAAGACGAAGCUGGUCAGACCCUCGGCCUCGCCGUGCUCUGCAGGUGCCUCAGAGUGUACACCAUGUCCGAGACGAGAAAGGACCAGCUCACCAUCCAGAACACAAUGACACUCUACCAAGGUCCUCUGCUUCUGCUGAGUGCCAAGGACUGGAGAGAUCCCCAGGAGGACGAUAUGCUUCGGAUCUGCGAAGACCUAUUCAGUUCCUCCUGCGAGCCCUUCAGCAGUGUCGAAGUGGAGGGAACGCAUCACGUUCACCUCAAUAACCCCGGACUAAUCUCUGCGCACAUCAACGAUUUCAUCGGAAGGUUCACCGACGUGCCCGCUUGUGAGAACGCACCGGAAAGGAACUGUAUCGACACUCUUCAAUUGACCGACUUUGUCCUGUGAGAUGUUUAACAUUUUGCUUGUAUAUACUCACCCGCACGGCUGGAUUACACCCUGGAUUAUUUUUUUAAUGUUUAAAUGCAUGCUAAUAUGCUGACCAUUGUUGUCAGCCGGCCUUUGUGUGAGUUGUGUGAGCGUCCCAUUUUGACAGUGUAGAUAAUGCAUUCUACGUCUGUGUUCAGUCAGAUCCUUGUAAAUACAUCAUUUCGCGCUGCAUCCAAUGCCAAAUAAACCAAAGUCCCUGACGUAAGAAAAACAA